AUGCAGAUUGUCCGGCGGCUGUACCUCUCCGGGCUGGUGUUUGCCGUGCUGAUCCCGGCAGGGUGGCAGAUGGGCCCCAAGGACUUGGGUGACACGUCCAGAUGGCGGUCGUAUGAAUCACAAAGCGCCCGAAGCUUCGCGUCCAACCUCAAGCGACACUCGGAAGGCACCUUCACCAGCGACUUCACCCGCUACCUGGACAAGAUGAAGGCCAAAGACUUUGUGCACUGGCUCAUCAACACCAAGCGCAGCUCCACGAAGAGGUACCUGCAGGAGGAGCCCCGCAGCAUCCCUUUCCCGGCUGCGUUCCCACCGCCCGC